GACAAAACGAUCCACAAGAGGAGAGGGUUUGGUUCGUUCUCGACCCCUGGUUCCUUCCCGUUUCUCGCCGAGCGCUUUCUCACCUCCUUCCUUUCCCCUUUCCUCCCCUCCGAUUCGAGUUGCCUUCGCGAUCAGGUUCCCCCCAAUGACAACCAUGAGUGACGAUGGAGAGAAGACGUGCCCUUUGUGCGCCGAGGAGAUGGACCUGACUGACCAGCAGUUGAAACCAUGCAAAUGUGGAUACGAGAUUUGUGUUUGGUGUUGGCAUCAUAUAAUGGAUAUGGCUGAGAAGGAAGAAACAGAAGGGCGAUGUCCGGCAUGCCGAACACCAUAUGACAAAGAAAGGAUUGUUGGAAUGGCUUCCAAGUGUGAAAGGGUGGUAGCUGAGAUUAAUGCUGAAAAGAAACUAAAGUCUCAAAAGGCAAAGCCCAAAGCAUCAGCAGAAGCUAGGAAGCAUCUUGGCAGUGUUAGAGUGAUACAACGGAACCUUGUGUACAUAAUUGGACUACCUUCUAAUUUAUGCGAUGAAAGUAUACUUGAGCGCAGGGAAUACUUCGGCCAGUAUGGGAAAAUUUUAAAAGUAUCAAUUUCUCGCUUAACAGGUGCUGCGGCCCAGCAAGCAUCCAAUAACAACACAUUUAGUGUGUACAUAACAUAUGCUAGAGAGGAGGAAGCCAUUCGAUGUAUUCAAGCUGUGCACAAUUUUGUUUUGGAAGGUAAAUCUUUGAGAGCUUGCUUCGGCACUACGAAGUAUUGCCAUGCUUGGCUGAGAAAUAUGGCUUGCAACAAUCCAGAUUGUCUAUAUUUGCAUGACAUUGGUAGCCAAGAGGAUAGCUUCACUAAAGAUGAGAUAAUUUCAGCUUAUACAAGGAGUCGGGUCCCACAAAUUGCUUCAAAUAAUUCACAACGACGCUCGGGGAAUGUGUUGCCACCUCCAGUAGAUGAUUUAUCUAGCAGUGGGAUGGUUACAGGCAAACAAGCAGUCAAGAAUGUCUCAAAUAAUGCUCCAAGCCAUGCCAAAGGUUCUCCUCCUAAUACUUGUCCGGGAAAGCCUACUGUUUUACCUCCUGCUGCUUCAUGGGGACUUCGCGGUUCAAAUUGCCGGACUCCGGCUGUAAGUGCAGCAUGCUCACAAACUCCUGUUAAGCAGAAAGUAGAAAUGUUAAAUGGUACAUCCUUGUUUUCGUCAUUGACUGCAAGCACAAAACAGUCUUCUGCAUGGCAUGAUGAUGUAGUUACAACAUCGAAGAUUCCAGAAAGAGUGCACGUAAUGCCUAUGGAUGGCAUAUCUAGACCCUUAGAACCAUCAAAAUCUGGUUCUGUGAAGGAGUGCCGAACAGUGGUGUCAUCAGAAGCUCUUACAGAUGCAGAUUGUGCUUCUGUACCCUCUGCAUGGAAUGAUGAUGUGAUUGUACCAUCUGAGAAAUCAGAGCCUUUCAAAUCUGUUAAUGAGGAGUCCGGGAUGUCUGAGUCAGAUUUAUCGCUUGAUGAUGUACUGGAUUCACCUCCUACUUCUCAAAAUUUUGGUAGUUGCUUAUCUAGACUUCUAGCCCCGGUAGCUGAAGACAAGGGAAGGGGCACCACUCUUGCUGGGAGCAACACGGAGGCAAUGAACAACCGUAGUCCUAAAGGUACUGAUGGACGAUCUUCUAGUGCUGAUAAAGCUGCUAAAGGUAGUAUAACUGUGAAUGGUAACAUAGGGAGUUUAUGUUUGGGCUUGUCUUCAGUGAAUAUUGAUAACCAUAUUGGGCAUGGUCAGUCAAACAUGGACCAGCGUCAGACUUCAAAGUCUGAGCUAUCUUCAAGACCUCAACAUUGUCAAUCUAAACAUGGGGUUGAACAUUUAUCUUCAGAGCCACGGAGCAGAGCCUCAGUUGUGCCUGAUACAUGUAUUGCAAAUGAAUUAUUUGCUUGGGAUCUGGAGCCACAAAAGCAAGGUUUUACGUCUACAGAAAUUGAGAAGGAAGAUGAAGAUAAUAAUCAGCCAUCAUGUUCAUCUUAUCUACAUUAUCCUGACAAUAUUGCAAAUCAAUCUGGUUCUAGUUCUUGGAAUAAUGGCAUUGCAAUGAAACGCCCGUCAUAUACUGGGGAUGUUAACAGUAUGGAGACAAAGGCAGACAUGGCCUCAUUUCUUUCAAGAGAAAAUAAAUCUGCGCUAUGCAAUGGACACAAGGAGGACGAGUUAAGCUGUUUCUCUAAAAGUGGGAAGGUUUUUGAAAGUCCUGAGAUGAACUGCUCUGAAGAAAGGAUAACAUGUUUAGGGAAAAAUGAUGAUGUAGCUACUUCUGACAAUACAGCAAGUGUAGAUAUAGGAGAAAGCAGCAUCAUUUCGAAUAUAUUGUCACUAGAUUUUGAUCCAUGGGAUGACUCAACCUCAGCAAAUAAUUUUGCUAAGCUGCUUGCUGAAACUGAAAAGCAGGAUAGGUUGUCAAAAUUAUCGAGUUCAUGGAGAUCUCUUAAUAGCAAUCAAUCCAGAUUUUCAUUUGCAAGGCAAGAAAGUCAAGCAGGUGGUCCAGAGGCUUCUUUUAGAGACAAUGGUAAUGCGCAGAAAUUAUGCUCAUCUUUGCAGGAUUCUUUUGGAGAUGGUUUCCAACAUGGUUUUCAAUUCAAUAAUUUUGAGGGUCCCAAUGCUGUCUUCAACAAAAAUCCGGCUAUUUCUGUUGAUAGACUUGGAGUUUCAAGGGCUAAAAUAUCAGCGCCACCUGGAUUUUCGGCACCAAGUAGAGCUCCCCCUCCAGGCUUUUCAUCUCAAGAGAGAUUCAACCAGUCUUAUGAUUCAACAUACUCUGAUAAUCAUCUGCUGCGUGGUCCUUCAGUUGGAAAUCAGUAUCAAGCACAUUUAACUGGAAAUCCAGAUGAUGUGGAAUUCAUUGAUCCAGCAAUACUUGCUGUGGGCAAAGGGCGAAUGCCACUUGGAGUAAAUGGUUCAGGGUUUAGUUCAAAACCUGAUUUUCCUUCACAGUUUAGCCCUUCUGAUGGUGAUCCAAGGCUUCAGCUAUUGAUGCAGCAAUCCAUCUCUUCUCAUCAAAAUCUAAGAACACCAGAUCAUAUUGGGGAUAGAUUCUUACCUUUAAAUGAUGCUUAUGUUACAUCUCAGCUCGUAGCUCAAAACCAUGGAAGUUUGUCUCCAUUUGCACCAAUGUCACUCCAACCACCAAGAAGCAUGCACAUUUCAAAUGGCCAAUGGGGUGGUUGGAAUGAUGCAAGAAAUGGCAGUGAAAUUGGCAUGCCUGAGUUCUUGAGGAACGAGAGAUUUGGGCUUAAUGACUUCUAUUCUGGCAAUGAGGAACAUAAGUUUCACAUUGCAAGCUCAGCUGGUCUGUAUAGCAGAGCAUUUGGAUUGUAAUGCUGGUCCGAUGCUGCAUGGCUUUCACCUGUCUUUCGUGCAUCCUAGUGCAUCUCUAGACAUGGAGAAUAGUUGGUUCUUCAGAGUAGAUGACUUUGCCUGGUUGUUGAUUGACAUUUCUGUCACUGAAACCUUGGAGGAGCUCCAUCAAAUAGUACAUGCAAUUUAGGUCUCUUUGGCAACAGGGACACUAUUCAGAGUAAUGUUUGCCAUGCUUAUGUUGAUAGUGUUCGCCGGAGGCAGUGCGGAAGGGUGUCAGUUCAAUUGUGUGCUUGUAUACUUCUUUUCUAUUGGAGGCAGGCUCUGAAGAGAAGGUUUCGUAUCAUAGGUGCUAUUUUGUUUCUUGUCAAGGCUGGAAUGACAUUCAACCUUGAACAAAUGAGACAUGUAACAGCAAAGUGUACAUAGUGUAUCUUUUUUUUUUAUAAUCGGUAAUCAUAGACUAUUUUGAUAUUUUUAAUGAGAAAAUGAUCUGGAUCCUUCUGCUUC